CUUGGGCUAGACCACAGCAAGGAAAUACGUACAUUUGCCAAUAAUUUCCGUGUCUAUUACAGGGAUUUAUCAUAAGAAAUCGUCGAAUAGAAAUAGAAAAUGCUUCAUUAGGGGUUCAGACUGGGCGCUGUUUGACUGCUGGAGCACAGAUAAUAAAAAAAAAAGAUUUUUCCAGAAUUUUCUGGUUUUAUUUCCCUGCCAUUUUUAUACCCUGUGGACUAACAAAUGAAGUCUAAAGACAAGGCUUCGACAGAGACGCUCCCGCUGUAGCUGCUACCGUGGAUGGUACAAACCUAAUGACCAAGUAGCUGCAGGAUGAAAACAUGGCUUUACCCCUUCUUGCACCGCCAGGACCUGAUAGCUUCAGGAAGUUUAAACCAGAAUCUUUGGUGGUCCUUGAGCAGCGCAUUCAAGAGGAGAAGAACAAGAAGCCACCCAAGCAGGACAGCAGCUACCGUGACGACGAUGACGAGAACAAGCCCAAACCCAACAGUGACCUGGAGGCUGGGAAGAGUCUGCCCUACAUCUAUGGGGACAUCCCUCGAGGACUGGUGGCGGUACCACUGGAGGAUCUGGAUCCAUACUACGUGAAUAGUCAGAAAACAUUUAUAGUGCUAAAUAGAGGGAAGACAAUCUUCCGCUUUAGUGCCACACCUGCCUUGUACUUCAUAAGUCCUUUCAAUCUGGUUAGGCGAAUAGCUAUUAAAAUUUUGAUACAUUCUCUUUUCAGCAUGAUCAUUAUGUGUACUAUUUUGACCAACUGUAUAUUCAUGACCUUUAGUGAUCCUCCCGAGUGGUCAAAACAAGUAGAGUACACAUUCACGGGAAUUUAUACGUUUGAGUCUCUUGUAAAAAUCUGUGCACGUGGAUUCUGUAUAGACGGGUUUACAUUCCUAAGAGAUCCAUGGAACUGGCUGGAUUUCAUGGUCAUUUCAAUGGCAUAUAUAACAGAGUUUGUGGACCUGGGCAAUGUAUCUGCGCUGAGAACGUUCAGAGUUCUCCGAGCAUUGAAAACUAUCUCUGUCAUUCCAGGCCUGAAGACCAUCGUCGGUGCUCUGAUCCAGUCUGUGAAGAAGCUUUCGGAUGUCAUGAUCCUGACUGUGUUCUGCUUGAGUGUCUUCGCCCUCAUCGGUCUCCAGCUCUUCAUGGGGAACCUGCGCCACAAGUGUGUGAUCUGGCCAAUCAAUUUCAACGACACUAAUAACAGCACCAAGCCUUUUGACUGGGAUGAGUACAUCAUGAAUGACACCAAUUUUUACUUCCUGCCAGGCCAAUUGGAUGCUCUGCUUUGUGGGAAUAGCUCAGACUCUGGCCGCUGCCCGGAGGGUUACAUGUGCAUGAAAGCUGGGAGGAAUCCAAACUACGGCUACACCAGCUUCGACAGCUUUGGCUGGGCAUUCCUGGCUCUUUUCCGACUCAUGACGCAGGACUUCUGGGAAAACCUUUAUAUGCUGACCUUGAGAGCCGCGGGAAAGACAUAUAUGAUCUUCUUCGUCUUGGUGAUCUUCGUGGGCUCAUUCUAUUUGGUGAACCUGAUCUUGGCUGUGGUAGCCAUGGCCUAUGAAGAGCAGAACCAGGCCACCAUGGAAGAGGCCCUGCAGAAAGAGGAAGAAUUCAAGGCCAUGCUGGAGCAGCUCAAAAAACAGCAAGAGGACGCCCAGACUGCUGCCAUGGCAACAUCUGCAGGAACAGUGUCGGAGGAUGCGGUGGAGGACGAUGGGGGGCGUCUGUCUUGCAGUUCCUCUGAGAUGUCAAAGCUCAGCUCCAAGAGUGCCAAAGAGCGCCGCAACCGCAAGAAGAAGUGGCGACAGAAAGAGCAGGAGAAAGAGAAGGGUGACAGUGAGAAGUUUGUCAAGUCAGAGUCGGAUGAUGGAAGCAAAAGGAGUCGGUUCCGGUUCCCUGAUAAUCGCUUGGGUCGAAAGUCUUCUAUCAUGAACCAGUCCCUCCUGAGCAUACCUGGCUCGCCUUUCCUCUCCCGCCACAACAGUAAGAGCAGCAUCUUUAGUUUCAAGGGCCGCGGUAAAGAUGUGGGCUCGGACAAUGACUUUGCUGAUGAUGAGCACAGCACAGUUGAGGAAUGCGAUGAACGCCGUGGCUCCUUGUUCAGCCCCUACCGGCGGAACAGCUACAGCGGCUUCCACGGAAAGAGAAACAGCACGGUGGAUUGCAACGGAGUGGUGUCACUCAUCGGCACUGGGCCGGGUGGACGCCUUCUGCCUGAGGUGAAAAUAGAUAAGGCAGCUACUGACGACAGUCCAACUACUGAGGUUGAGGUGAAGAAGAAGCUGUCGGGCUCCCUGAUGGUGUCUGUGGACCAGCUCAAUACCUCCUUUGGGCGGAAAGAGCGGGCCAACAGUGUCAUGAGCGUCAUUACCAACACACUAGUGGAGGAACUGGAGGGAUCUCAGCGCAAGUGUCCACCAUGCUGGUAUAAGUUUUCUAACACAUUCCUGAUCUGGGAGUGCUCCCCCAAGUGGAUUAAGUUCAAGGAGAUUGUAAACCUGAUAGUCAUGGAUCCCUUCGUGGACUUGGCCAUCACUAUCUGUAUUGUGCUCAACACCCUCUUCAUGGCCAUGGAGCAUUACCCCAUGACCCCCGACUUUGAGGAUAUGCUGUCUGUAGGCAAUCUGGUGUUCACUGGGAUCUUUGCAGGAGAGAUGCUUUUCAAGCUUGUGGCUAUGGAUCCAUACUACUACUUCCAAGAGGCCUGGAACUGUUUUGACGGCUUCAUUGUGACGCUGAGUUUGGUGGAGCUGGCGCUGGCUGAUGUUGAGGGCCUUUCUGUGCUGCGGUCAUUCCGAUUGCUGAGAGUGUUUAAACUUGCCAAGUCAUGGCCCACCCUCAACAUGCUGAUCAAGAUCAUCGGUAACUCAGUAGGAGCCUUGGGAAACCUGACUCUUGUGCUGGCCAUCAUCGUCUUUAUAUUUGCUGUGGUGGGCAUGCAGCUGUUUGGAAAGAGCUACAAAGACUGUGUGUGUAAGAUCGCUCAGGACUGCGAGCUACCCCGCUGGCACAUGAACGACUUCUUUCACUCGUUUCUGAUCGUCUUCCGGGUGCUGUGCGGCGAGUGGAUCGAGACCAUGUGGGACUGCAUGGAGGUGGCAGGCCAGGGAAUGUGCCUCAUCGUCUUCAUGAUGGUCAUGGUCAUUGGUAACCUAGUGGUGUUGAACCUGUUUCUUGCCUUGUUGCUGAGCUCAUUCAGCGCUGACAACUUGGCUGCAACAGACGAUGACGGUGAACCAAAUAAUCUACAGAUUUCUGUCAUGCGCAUCAAGAUCGGCAUCGCGUGGAUAAAGGUACGAGUGCGAAGACUGGUGGCCAAUCAUUUGAAGAAAUCCCCAAUGGAGGAUGAGCAGAAGCCUUUGGAUGACAUGUAUAAAGAGAAGCCCAACUGCAUUGCUAAUCACACCGGGGUGGACAUUAAUCGCGACCUGGACUAUGUCAAGAACGGCAACGGCACAACCAGCGGCAUUGGCAGCAGCGUUGGAAGGUACAUGAUCGACGAGGACCACAUGUCAUUCAUCCACAACCCAAACCUGACGGUGUGCGUGCCCAUAGCUGUGGGGGAGUCCGACUUUGAGAACCUCAACACAGAAGAUUUCAGCAGCGAGUCCGACAUUGAGAACAGCAAAGAGCUGGACGACACCAGUUCUUCAGAGGGCAGCACCAUUGACAUCAAGCCAGAUGUGGAAGAGGUUGUGUUGGUGGAGACGGUGGAAGAGUACUUGGAUCCAGAGGCCUGUUGGACAGAUGGUUGUGUGGCCAAGUAUAAGUGCUGUCAAGUGGACAUCACAUUUGGCUGGUGGAAGAAGUGGUGGUUCCUGAGAAAAACCUGCUACUUGAUAGUGGAACACAACUGGUUUGAGACCCUCAUCAUCUUCAUGAUCCUUCUCAGCAGUGGGGCCCUGGCCUUUGAGGACGUUUACAUCGAGCAGAGGAAGACCAUUCGCAUCAUUUUGGAGUACGCAGACAGGGUUUUCACCUACAUCUUCAUCUUGGAGAUGUUGCUCAAAUGGGUCGCCUACGGUUUUGUCAAGUACUUUACCAACGCCUGGUGCUGGCUGGACUUCUUCAUUGUGGAUGUGUCUAUAGUCAGCCUUGUAGCUAAUGCGCUGGGCUACUCCGAUCUAGGGCCCAUUAAAUCACUCAGGACACUAAGGGCCUUGAGACCCCUCAGAGCCUUGUCACGUUUUGAAGGGAUGAGGGUGGUAGUCAACGCCUUGGUGGGUGCCAUCCCUUCCAUUAUGAAUGUGUUGCUGGUUUGCCUCAUCUUUUGGCUGAUUUUCAGUAUCAUGGGGGUCAACUUGUUUGCGGGCAAGUACUACUACUGUUUCAAUCAGACAUCAGAGGAGUACUUUCCUGUUGACGUGGUCAACAACAAGACCCAGUGUGUGGCGCUCAUUAACGAUAACCAUACUGAGGUCAGGUGGAAGAACGUCAAGAUCAACUUUGACAAUGUGGGCGCCGGCUACCUCGCCCUGUUGCAAGUGGCCACAUUCAAAGGCUGGAUGGACAUUAUGUAUGCCGCUGUGGAUUCUAGACAGGUUGAAGAUCAGCCCAUUUAUGAGGGUAACAUCUACAUGUACAUCUACUUUGUUGUCUUCAUCAUAUUUGGGUCCUUCUUCACCCUCAACCUCUUCAUUGGUGUCAUCAUUGACAACUUCAACCAGCAGAAGAAAAAGUUUGGAGGUCAGGACAUCUUCAUGACAGAGGAACAGAAGAAGUACUACAAUGCUAUGAAAAAGCUGGGCUCCAAAAAGCCACAAAAACCCAUUCCUCGACCACAGAACAAGAUCCAGGGAAUGGUGUUUGACUUUGUCACGCAGCAAGUGUUUGACAUCUCCAUCAUGAUACUGAUUUGCCUCAACAUGGUCACCAUGAUGGUGGAAACAGAUGACCAGUCGGAAGAAACAGAAAAUGUCCUUUACUGGGUCAACUUCAUCUUCAUUUUUGUUUUCACCACUGAGUUUUUGUUGAAGCUCUUUGCCCUGCGCCACUAUUACUUCACCAAUGGAUGGAAUAUAUUCGAUGUGGUGGUGGUCAUCCUGUCCAUUGUUGGUAUGUUUCUUGCUGACCUCAUUGAGAAGUACUUUGUGUCACCCACCUUGUUCAGGGUGAUCAGAUUGGCUCGUAUUGGCCGUAUCCUUCGUCUGAUCAAAGGAGCUAAGGGCAUCCGUACUUUACUCUUUGCCCUGAUGAUGUCACUGCCAGCUCUAUUCAACAUCGGCCUCCUGCUCUUCCUGGUUAUGUUCAUCUUCUCCAUCUUCGGCAUGUCUAAUUUUGGCUAUGUAAAACACGGAGCAGGCAUCGAUGACCUGUACAAUUUUGAGACCUUUGGCAACAGCAUGAUCAUCCUGUUCAUGAUCACCACGUCGGCUGGCUGGGACGGCUUGCUGCUGCCGAUCCUCAACUACCCACCAGACUGCGACCCCAACUUGGAGAACCCUGGUACAUCAGUGAAAGGCGACUGCGGUAAUCCCUCAGUAGGAAUCUUUUUUUUUGUAAUGUACAUCAUCAUCUCCUUCCUGAUUGUGGUUAAUAUGUACAUUGCCAUCAUUCUGGAGAACUUCAGUGUGGCCACGGAGGAAAGUGCUGAUCCGCUCAGUGAGGACGACUUUGAAACCUUCUAUGAGAUUUGGGAAAAGUUUGAUCCCACUGCCUCUCAGUUUAUCACUUUUGCUAAGCUGUCUGACUUUGCUGAUGCUUUGGAGCACCCGCUUCGUGUGCCAAAGCCCAACACUAUAGAACUAAUUGCCAUGGACAUGCCCAUGGUGAGUGGUGAUCGCAUUCACUGCCUGGACAUCUUGUUCGCCUUCACCAAGCGUGUGCUGGGUGACAGUGGUGAGUUGGACAUGCUGAGGCAGCAGAUGGAGGAGCGGUUUGUGGCAGCCAACCCUUCCAAGGUCUCGUAUGAACCCAUCACCACCACCCUCCGCCGCAAACAGGAGGACGUCUCUGCCAGAAUUAUCCAGAAUGCCUACCGCACUCAUCUCAUCAGACGCGGCAUCAUCUUCAAGCGCCACCCUUUUGCUAACAAUAAGCUUGAAAACGGUGGGACCAACCAGGAGAAAAAGGAGAGCACACCAUCCACAGCAUCUCUCCCAUCAUAUGACAGCGUGACCAAACCUGACAAGGAGAAGCAGGACAAAAGCAAAGACGACUGGGCCAAGAAAGACAAGGACAAAAACCAAAAAGAUGAAUGGGAAUCCAAGUGUUAGGAUUCAGUGACUCAAAAUCCAAUAAAACACAAUGAGAUGAGACUCUGAGCCCGAAUACCCAACUAAUGUAGAGAAGUCAUUUGCAAGUACGGGAUAAAAAAGAAAACAACACAAACACAAAAAAUGUUUACAUACUCAAAUACAGCUGAGGUGGUUUCCUAUGUUGUCAAAGACAGCUGAACCAAACACAAUCAGUUUACCACAAACCCUUUGCUGCAUAGCAAUGAAGUUCAUAAAAAUGAGGAAAAAACAAAACAUCAACAGUGACUCACAGUAUACUGGUUAAUGAUACAUACUUCUUUGGGGACCAACUGCCACAGAAAGCACUACUAGAUGAUUGGAGAAUUUGCGAAAAACUGCCACCACCAAGCGUGGAAUCCUGCAGCAAAGCUCCAAUGUUACGAGAGCGGAUCAUACAGAUCCCAAGAGAACUGUAUUAGCAGUCUAAUGGAGGGUCUGUAAUACUGAGUUUACCACGUUUUAUCAAGAAGAAUCCAGUGAUAGACCAAGCGAGUUUAGCUAUGAGGGACACGCUAGCGAGAGAAGGAGAAACCCAGUACCGUAGAGGAAGAGUUUUUUUUUGUUUAUUUGUGCAGAGUAUACUUGCAUCCUUACAUUAUUUGAGCAGCAAAAAAGAUAACAUUUAGCCCUCGUCCCUGGUCUUUCCAUCCUUUCUUUGUUAUACUGACAUUGAGAAAGACAUUUUUCUACAUGGGCUUUCAUGCUGAGCGGGUUAAGGGUCAUUAGUCAAAGUUUUGACUUGGGCAGAGAGAAACUUGCUCAGACGGAGCUCCAGAUAAAUAAUAAUUAUUGUUGCUCGUUAAUAGAAAUGACUUGCAUGAAGGCAUGUUUUGAUCAGGAAUCAUGCAUGAGUGAUCAUAGUCCACAAGACACUUACUCUCAGACCACUGCAGUGGUGUGAUUAAAAAGUCUGAGGCUGUCCACUGAGGAAAUUACAAGAACUACAAAUGGAAAAGGAGGAUUUUGGCUUAUCAUGUACAAAGUAUUGAGGGAAUGGUAUGUGUAGGAUUCUGCCCUAAAUAGCUUUUACUUUUUAAAAGACAUAUAUUCCAAUUGAGCCCCUUAUUAAAAUGCCAGGUGAAUAAAAGACAUAAGCACUCAAAGGCAAACGUCUCCAUCAGAUCAGCCAACAACACAAAGCAGAAGCUGUCUUUUUGCUGCGCUGACCGUAAAUAGCUUAGAAAGAGUGGAGUUACUGAGUAUUAGAAAGCAGAAUAACCUCAUGUUGAGGAUGCACAGAUUUGGAAGGCCGUGCCAGUAGUCCUAAACCACAUCUGCGGCUUGGAUAUCUUUGUUUACUAACAAUCAGGUUUCCUGCUUACUCUCUGGACCACGUUAGGGCUGUGAGAACAGGUGACACUUCACGCCAAGGAAUCCAGAUCUGGGACCAAUAGGUAUCCACUCUGCCAGUGCAGUUCCCGCAGCGGGGGAAGAAAUGUGCUUUUAGUGACAAAUACAUAUAUUUUUUGUUCUUUCAUUUUUGGGCUGAACUGAAAACUGUGUUUGGUUGAGAACAUUAGACAGUACUUGUGCUGAUUCUUUCAUUAAAAAUUCUCUUUUGUACUAUCCCAGGUCCACAUGACAAUUUCCCGGGAAGGGAUGUCUUAGGCGGGGCUUUUCUGACAAUUUGAGUUACCAGCUUUGGGGAGAAAAAAAACAGAACCUUGAAGUCUUUCACUGAUGUCCUAGUGAUGCAAUCAUUCUCAGAAAAAGGUUUGAUCAGUGGGAGUGACAGUGGCCAUCUGAUACAGCAGAGUUGACAGAGAAUUAUCACGAGGACCUGCCUUGUUGUGCCUAGCAUGUAUGGAAGGUGGAUAGCUAUAAAGGGCUUGUGGUUUCAACCGUAGAAUCGAAUGGAUUCUGUCUGCUUUUUCAGGGAGGCGGAUGGGUGAUAAAUAACAGUUUAAAUGUGGACCAAUAGAUAGAAGCCCUCCCUUCAGCGUUUCCGACUGACUGCCAAGAGAACAAGAGACAAAAGCAAGAACAGAAGACGAGAAUAGUGCUGUGGCCUGAGUCAGAGAGCUGAAAGUCCCAUGUUUGUCAGUGUAUCAAUGUGCUUUUGUGGGACCUCUUAAACACUAUGUGGCCUUGAAUCUAGGCUCACACUGUCGUUUCACAUAACUUACAGGCUCUCCAACUCGAUCACCUGCUUAAAAAAACAAACAAAAAAAAACUUGCCACAGAUGAAGUUACAAAAAGCUUAUACUUGCCGUGAAAAAUCAUCAGCAGACACAUCGAAGCAGCUAUGUUGUAUAAUAAGCUUUGUGGGCGUUUUUCAUACAAAAGAUGAUACGAAUAAAAUAAGACAUCAAUUGAGGCUUUGUCAAGCAUUAACUGAGACACAACUGCCAUUUCUUUUCUACACAGGAGCGAUGGUCCUAUUUCUUAGUGGAUGACCACACAUAAAACUGGCAUCCAUUGUCACACCACUAAUGCCAUUUGGUGUGUUUAACACUGCCUGUACCAGAACCCCCUGUACAACAAUAACUGAGGUCUGUUUACAUUAUGAGGUCCUUGAAUCAGUUUUGGCUGCUGCACACUGAAACCAAAUACAUUCCCAAUGAGAACCAGUGAGUGAGUAAUGCCAUCUGAUUUUACCAUAGUCAUCUUGGAUGUAAUGUUUUAGAAUGAUACAUUCACACUUAAAAAAAAGAAGAAAAAAAAUAAAAAAAAUAAAUGAAUAAAUAAAAAAAAAAGAUAAAAAGAAAACACAAAUACAUAUAUAUGUACAGUGCAGGCUAUGAUGUAAAUGGCACAAUCGCUGAAAAAGAGUGAACUUUUGGAGAGAAAGUAUAAAUAUUGUAUUAUAUUGUUUUAUUUUAUCGGCAUGCUUUGUUGUGUUUUUGUAAAUAUGGAAUUUUAAAAAUGUUACUACUAAUAAUCAAAAAAAUGAAUAAUAACAUUAUAGAAUGGCUUCCAGCUAUGCCCUUUGUCACAUUUGUUACCUUUUGGAUUUUUUGAGACACUUUUCACUUUGUUGACGGAAAUUGAAUGAAAUAUACAGUAGAUAUAUAAUGCAAAAGAUAUAUACAUGUAUACAUAUAUGUCUAUAUGUAUAUACAUAAAACAGAAGAACACUGUUUGACUGUCACAUUUUAUUUAUGUGCAACACUUUCAGUGGAUGUCUAAUAAUGGUUGUUUCCAGCACUCUUCUGUUUGGGAAUAGCUCAUGUGCAAUGUUACUGGAUGUAGCCUGAUCAAAACAAAAAGGAUAAUGUUACCAGCACAUUUCUCACUUAACUGUCAUAGCUUUCACCCUCAGCGUAUACAGAACACAUCCACGGUAACACAACACACACUAAGGUGACUCUCCUCACUGCCCACCAGCUUUACCGGUGAUCUCUUCCAGAAGACUGUCAGCUGGUGUGACUGACUGCUUCAUGCACCCUGAGACGAUCCCCACCCCAGGGACUUCCUCCCCGACACCCACACAUCAGUGCCAUUACAGCUCAACACACAUACAGCAAUGUUGUCAUCCUCACACAUCGUUUAUUAAAUGCUUUGUUUCUAGUGUUCCACUCAAUGGCAUGUGCCUUUUUUCUGCUUUUUCUGCAAAUUUGGAUGUCAUUUCCACACUGAAAAAAGGAAGAAAAAAAACACAAACAAGUAAAUACACAAAAAUAGCAUUCCAAACUGUGGAUGGUAGGGGUUUGGGGCUGAGUACAACAGUUAUCAGGGAUAUUGAGUCAGAAAUACUGCCGGUGAAUCAUUCAGACACCCCUGCUCAUUUUAAUAUUCAACAGUGUGUGAUUUUUAACAGAAAAAACAGCUACUCAAAAAUGUCCUGUUCUUAGUGCUACAUGUGCCACCCACUUGGCUUGUGAAAAAGCAGCUUGCCUUCUAUGUUUAUUUUUUUUAUUUCUUCAAUAUUUCUGUUUCCAUCUGAAAUUUAUUUUUGUAUCAAUAUUUAAUUAUAAGACUCGUUCUUUUUUUAAAGCAUGGUUUAUUAAUGUUUUCUUUUCUUUUUUGCUGAAAAAAAGUGCUUUUCAAACUGUCUUUAUCAUUUGACACCUUGAUAGAAGAGGAUAUACAGUACAAUAUAAUGGUGUGUUGCACAACCACUUGGACUCUUGGUUUAGAAUAUAUGAAAGAUUGUCUUCAUUUGAGCACGAACCUUUUUAUUACCAAUAAAGCAGCC